UAGUGCGGUGAAGCUGAUUGUGCUAAAUCUUUGUGUGCCAAAUCUGUUGGCCCUGUGGGGGCCUCUGCUGGCUAGGGGCCCUAGGCAAUUGCCUGCGUAUGCCUAAUGGGACGCUACGCCUCUGGUUAUUUCCCUGCUGUCCCUAUGCAAACCUACGCCCUUGGUAGUUUGUCAUGAUACUUUUCAUUUUGACAUUUAUUACAGAAGGAAACUGGAAGAAUGACAUAUUUUCAACAAGUAGCCUUCCACCCUUCAACUUCGAACUUCUCUUGCUGUCAAUGUCAACCAAUGGCAGAUGUGGGCGACGCGACGCAGCGAGGGGAAAAAAGGGACUCAAACCAAAAUCCGAGCGACUCAACUCGCAGCGGUAGCAGCAGCUGGGCUGUCGACGUGAGAAGUUUUAAGGAUGCUUCCCGCCCGUCGCGCCAUGGUGCUGCGUCACAAGCAGGAAGAGCUGCGGGAGCGCGCCACCGAGGCCGCCAGGGAGGUCCAGGCGUGCGGCAUCACCAACAAGUGGCUGCGGGACACCGACGACAUCUACUUCGGACGACUCGUCCAGAAGGACGUCGACGAAGUCAUGAUGCAGCAGCUCUUCUCCGUUCAGGAGCGCAGGGACAGGCUGCGAGGGCUUCUAAACGAGGAGGAAAGGCGCCUGGUGCUGAUGGCUCGCCGCGAUGCGAACACGCCGGUGGGGAGAGAGGCGCAGAUGCGAGAGCGGGCUAAAAACCUGCAUGAAACCAGGGAGGCGCUUCGCAGGAAGACUGUGGCGGAAAAACUGGAACAGCAGUUCAGGGCGCAGUGCCAGGAACUUCGCGAGGCGCAGAGCAAGCAGCGCCUUUUACAGGUGUGUCAUGAGCGGGCGGCGCAGCUGCGCGAACGAGAGGAUGACGAGCGCCUGCGCCGGCUGGAGGACGACAUGUUCCACCGGCUGUGGCGUGCCGACGCCCGCGCCAAGGAGGAGCGGGAAAUGCGCGAGGAGGCUGAGAUGCGAGACCGCGACCAGCUGCAGGUGGACUGCCUCCGCCAGCAGAUGGCGGCGGCUGAGGCCAGACGCCAGCAGGAACUCCGGCGCCGACAAGAGGAAACGAGACAGCUGGAAGAAGAUUUACGGUCCCUGCAGAAGAUGGCUCGCGACGACCGUCAACGGGAGCAAGAGGCACAGGUGGCCCGCCGUGCCAUGCUGGACGACAGUUUGCGCUUGAAGUUGGAGCGCGUGGCCAGAGAGCGGCAGGAGGAGCUUCAGGUGGACCUUGCCAUUGUUCAGCGGAUGCUGCAGGACGAGAUUCAGGCCCAGCAGGACCACGCCGACAAGAGGGCGGACCUGAGGGACGAGCAGCUGCGUUUUUGUCAGUACUUGGCCGAUCAGUCGGCGCGGCGCAAAAAGGAUGAGGAGGAGAUGGAGCAAAUGAUGGCGGACAAGAUGAAAGAGACGUGGGACAAACGAGAAGAACACAACCAGAUGCAGCAGGACGCCAGGAACCGUUUGAUGAACGAGUGCAAGGAGUCGCGACGCCUGCAGACUGCGCAAAAACAGCAUCAUGAAUUGCAGAGACGCGCCGACCUGGUCAAGGAGCGGGCGGAGAUUGACGCCGCCGCGCGGGACAACAAGCGCGCUGAAGAAGAGUUGGCCAGGAAGCGGCGUCAGGCCUACGUGGAGUACCAGGCAGAACUGCGGGCACAGAUGGAGCAGCGUCGCCGUCUGAAGACGGAACUGCAUGAUGAGGAAAUGAGGGAUCAGGAGAAGCUGAGGGAGAUGGAGCGGCAAAAACUGGAGAGGAAGGACCGAGUUAUGGCCCAACCUGAUGAGGGCGCCUCACACCCCUUUAGGAAAGCGGCCCAAGCCCAAGCCCAGGCCAAAGCUAAACCCAAAGCCGGAGUUAAAGCAUCGCCUGCCGUUCCGUAAAGUAAAAGAAACGGCUCUCAAGCAGUAUUUGACAGCUUCUUACUUGAUUGCUCCUAUGUGUGGACAUGUUUUAUUUUAGCGUAGCUCAGGCUAAUGUCAGUCAUCUUUGUGUAUUUGUUAGCUAAAAUCAAUUCAUGAGCCAAAGUGUGUAAAGACCUAAAAAUGGUUCAUCACUAAGGGACAAGCUAGCAUAGCUUCUGCUAAUAUCACUUCUCAGUCAUGUUUGACAAUUUGUUACCCGAAAUCAAUUCAAUUGUUUAAGACUUAAGAACAGUUCAGUGCUUUAGGACAAGCUAGCAUAGCUCAGGCUAAUGGCAGUUUUCAGCCAUCUUAGUCAAAGUCCAAUUGUUUAAAGCCCCAAAAAUGGUCCAAAUCCUCAUUUUGCACUGCCAUUGAUGGUGCUGGAUGUCCAAUCUAUUUGAAGCGAGAGGGUGGCGGCGAAUGAACAUUGUUUCAUUCUGGUGUUUUUUUUUUGGCACCCCUUUGAAUUUUCGUCUUUAGAGCAAAAAUAGUUUAGUCUUCAUUGGCAGCCAGCACUUCAAAUGGAUUGGACAUCUACUAGUGAUCGACUCAUUGAAAGAGUUAGAAUUUAGUUUUUAAGAGCAGCAUGAUCGUCAAACGAAAGAUUUCACUGCGACAGAAUGAGUUAGCGUAGCUCAGGCUAAUGGCAGUUUUCAGCCAUGUUUGUUAGCCCAUAUGUCUCUUAAUAGCAAAUAUUUCUUUUUAAUUGAAAAAAAAAAUUAAAAUGAGGUAAAAAACAGUGCACUUUUUUAUUUUUUUAACUUUUAUUUUAAUUUUAAAAAUAAAUCCGUAUGUAUAUUGAAAUGUAUUUUAGAUUUAAAACAAAAAUCAGUAAAUAUUCUCAAUUUUUAUCAGAUUUGUCAAAUUUCAUCUCAAAAUUUACAUAUUUGGUUUAUUAUU